CAAGGCGCGCCACUCGAUCGCGCCACAAUUCAGUGACAUUUCGUGACAUGUGAUUUUCCCGCGCAAAGUUUGUCUAUGAAAAAUUUCUUUUUGUGACGUUUCAGUGUUUUUUUAAGUUAAAAAAGGUUUAAGUCUUGAGGUGAUUAUUAAACAGUGGGACGCUUUAAAGGAAUCAAGAUGUACGGGCUAUUACUAGAAAAUAUGGCAGAAUACAUCCGGCAGACGUAUGGCGAAGAAAAAUGGGAGGACAUCAGACGGCAGGCGGGUGUUGAGCAACCCUCCUUCUCCGUUCAUCAGGUGUACCCUGAGAAUCUCAUCGCACGAUUGGCCAAGACUGCACAAGAGGUUCUUGGUAUAACGGAAAAGGAAUUUAUGGAUCAAAUGGGUGUAUAUUUCGUUGGAUUCGUCUCACAGUAUGGCUACGAUCGCGUUCUAUCUGUUUUAGGACGACACAUGAGAGAUUUUCUUAACGGCCUAGACAAUUUACAUGAAUAUUUAAAGUUUAGUUACCCAAGAAUGCGGGCCCCAAGUUUCAUAUGUGAAAAUGAAACAAGACAAGGCCUCACAUUACACUAUCGGUCAAAGAGAAGAGGAUUUGUUUAUUAUGCUAUGGGACAAAUAAGAGAGGUGGCUCGCCACUUCUACCAUAAAGAGAUGCGAAUAGAGUUACUUAGAGAAGAGUUACUAUUUGAUACUGUCCAUGUGACGUUUCAAUUGACAUUUGACAAUCGUGCAUUCACUCUGGCCUCGCUCGCAAUGACAAGAGAAGAGAAGCAUUUACCAAUCAGCGCUUCUGUGCUAUUUGAGAUAUUCCCCUUUUGUAUUGUAUUUGGAUCGGAUAUGGUGGUACGUAGUAUUGGUAACUCCCUGAUGGUGAUUCUACCAGACCUGGUGGGGAAGAAAAUCACCAACUGGUUCGAUUUGGUCCGACCACUUAUUGCUUUCAAGUUUCAAACGAUAUUGAAUCGUACCAACAAUAUAUUCGAGCUGGUGACAGUAGAAGCGGUGAUGCAUGAGAAGGCACCAGACAGACGGAACAAUCUGCUUCGGCUCUCUGAUGAAUCCGACUGCACUACUGAAGAGAACCUACGAUUGAAAGGUCAAAUGAUUUAUAUGGACAAUUGGAGAAUGAUGAUGUAUUUAGGAACUCCAGUAAUGCCAGAUCUGUCUGCCCUCGUGUCCACUGGACUCUAUAUCAAUGAUUUGUCUAUGCAUGAUUUUAGCAGAGACCUAAUGUUAGCCGGUACUCAGCAGUCUGUGGAACUCAAACUGGCGCUUGACCAGGAGCAGCAGAAGAGUAAGAAACUAGAAGAGUCUAUGCGAAAACUGGAUGAAGAGAUGAAAAGAACGGACGAGCUACUCUACCAGAUGAUACCGAAACAGGUGGCUGAUAGAUUGAGGAAUGGAGAGAAUCCCAUUGAUACUUGCGAGAUGUUCGACAGCGUGUCAAUUCUCUUCUCUGACGUGGUUACGUUCACAGCGAUAUGCUCUCGCAUCACUCCAAUGGAGGUGGUCUCCAUGCUGAAUGCGAUGUACUCCAUAUUCGAUACACUGACCGAGAGGAACAGAGUUUACAAGGUGGAAACAAUAGGAGAUGCAUAUAUGGUUGUUUCUGGGGCUCCAGAGAAGGAAGACAAUCACGCUGAGAAGGUUUGCGAUAUGGCACUCGAUAUGGUCGAUGCUAUCACGGAUUUAAAGGACCCUAGCACCGGGUCCCAUCUCUCGAUCAGAGUAGGUGUUCAUUCUGGCGCUGUAGUGGCUGGAAUAGUAGGCUUAAAGAUGCCGAGAUAUUGUCUCUUUGGUGAUUCUGUGAACACUGCCUCCCGAAUGGAGUCUACCUCAGAAGCGAUGAGGAUUCAUAUAUCGCAAACAACUCAAGAGCUGUUAUCGCCAUCGUAUAUGGUCACUGAAAGAGGAGAGAUACAAGUGAAAGGGAAAGGUGCAAUGAAGACUUACUGGCUGGAAGGAAGAGAGUCCCGCCCAUCUCUUACAAAAGUGAUCUCCUCUCAAAUACAACCAGGACAAGAGUUAGAAUGGGAAAGAGCAGCUGACGUUAGAGACAGCAUAGCAGAACAUUCAGCUCAGCAGCUAAACCAUAAAGAUUUAAACAUGACAUCGGCAACAUCAUUAAUUAGUACGGGAAAUAUGAUUUCGCCAACUUUGAAACAGCCGAUCGUAACGUCACCCACAGAAGAGAGACGGAUGUAUUCGCCUGUCACUUUCCAAGAUGUAGCCAGACGGAGUAUUGCCAAUUCGCCGAAUAGAACCGAUAAAGAUAGAGAAUUCCGGCCGUUUCCCGACUCCAGGUCGACGUCAGCUAGUGUUGGAGCAGUGUGGACUGACGCGGAAUCUUUGGAUCCUCAACGGACCUUAGACAGCCUGAACUCUUCGUUCUGUUACAGUUCAACAUCUCCGUACAGAGUGGGAACUGCUCCCGUUUUGAACAGGGACAAAGAUUAUUUCACUGAAAAUAUCCGAUUGUCUCCGCCUUGUUCGGCGCCGGGUAUCGACACCGCAUAUGGGCCCAAUACUCACAUUACACAGACCACUAUCACACAUGUUCGAGCGGCAUCACAAAAUGGAGAGGAAAUAGAAACAGACACAGAAUACCAAGACGCAAACACAGGUUUAUCCCACAUAUGUACGGUGUCAGAAAACAUUGAGCAAAAUCUACCGAAACAGGGCAAAGUGGGGCGUUUUCGGGCGCGAAUAGCUCCAGGACACCACAAAAUAUGCCUCAAAAAUCCCAAAGAAUCGAAAGAAAAACCUCAAACUCCGACUAACCCUCAUGGUCAUCAUCAUACAAAAAAUGUUAAUCAUCAUCAGUGCUGUGGCGCGUUUGGAAAUCCACACGUGAGACAUAAAUCCAGUAACCCCAGUUGUCAUUUAAUCUAGUCUUUUUAUUGUUUUUAAUAUUUUAAAAGUACAAAGUAAGGUUAAGGUUUUAAUGUCAGUACGGGUACUCUCAACUCGCAAUAGCGAUCCCGACUUCAAUAUUCAUUUUUGUACCGCGCGAUCAUUGGUACAUCAGCGCUACGGAUAUUAAGAAAACUGC